AUGGAGCCGGACCCCGCCGCGUCUCCUGGGCCUUCCCGCUCCUUCAAAGAGGAGCUGCUGUGCGCCGUCUGCUAUGACCCCUUCCGCGAUGCCGUGACUCUGCGCUGCGGCCACAACUUCUGCCGCGGGUGCGUGACCCGCUGCUGGGAGGUUCAGGUGGCGCCCACCUGUCCGGUGUGCAAGGACCGCGCGGCCCCCGCCGACCUGCGCACCAACCACACCCUCAACAACCUGGUGGAGAAGCUGCUGCGCGAGGAGGCCGAGGGCGCGCGUUGGACCGGCCACCGCUCCCCGCGCCUCUGCCGCCUGCACCGCGGCCAGUUCAACCUCUUCUGCCUCGACGACAAGGAGCUGCUGUGCUGCUCGUGCCAGGCCGACCCCCGGCACCAGGGACACCGCGUGCAGCCGGUGAAGGACACCGCCCACGACUUUCGGGCCAAGUGCAGGAACAUGGAUCACGCGCUGCGGGAGAAAGCCAAGGCCUUCUGCGCGAUGCAGCGCUCCUACGAGGCCAUCGCCAAGCACAAUCAGGUGGAGGCCGCCUGGCUGGAAGCACGGAUCCGGCGGGAAUUUGACAAGCUCCGCGAGUUCCUGCGCGUGGAGGAGCAGGCCAUCCUGGACGCCAUGGCCAACGAGGCAAGGCAGAAACAGCACCUGGCGGAGGAGAAGAUGAAGCAGCUGAGGGAGGACACGGAGGCCUUGGCCCACGAGAUUGAGCGGCUGCAGAUGGAGAUGAAGGAGGAUGACGUUUCCUUUCUCAUGAAACACAAGAGCCGAAAACGCCGCCUCUUCUGCACAAUGGAGCCGGAGCCCGUCCAACCCGGCAUGCUUAUCGAUGUCUGCAAGCACCUGGACUCCCUCAGGUACCGCGUCUGGAGGAAGAUGGUUAUGUGUGUCGAAUCUGUGCCUUUCAGCCUUGAUCCCAACACCGCGGCUGGCUGGCUCUCCGUGUCGGACGACCUCACCAGCGUCACCAACCACGGCUACCGGGUGCAGGUGGAGAACCCGGAGCGCUUCUCGUCGGCGCCCUGCCUGCUGGGCUCCUGCAUCCUGUCUCAGGGCUCACACGCCUGGGAGGUGGACCUGGGGGCGCUGGCCAGCUGGCGCGUGGGGGUGGUGCGGACGCGGCAGGAUGCGUGCGCCGAGGGCCACGCGCACAGCUGCUACCAUGACGCGCGCUCGGGCUUCUGGUACGUGGGCCGCACGCAGUGCGUGGACGGCGACCACUGCGUGACCUCGGACCCCGCCACGUCGCCGCUGGUCCCCGCCAUCCCGCGCCGCCUGCGCGUGGAGCUGGACUGCGAGGAGGGCGAGCUGUCCUUCUAUGACGCUGAGCGCCACUGCCACCUGUAUACUUUCCACGCCCGCUUCGGGGAGGUGCGGCCUUACUUCUACCUGGGCGGCUCGCGCGGUGACGGGCCCCCGGAACCACUGCGCAUUUGCCCACUGCGCAUCACCAUCAAGGAGGAGCUGGACAGCUGA